AGCUAGUGGUGCUACUGAACAGCGAAGUGCAAACUGCAAAGUGACACUUACCAAUCUAACGCAGAUCCGGGCUCCAACUCCACUGGCACCCGAUCUUACACCGGCUCCGACCCGCCUGCCCCGCUCCUUCUUCCCUGCAUCUCUCCAACAUUAUCUCCGAUCAGAAUUCAUUUUUCGGUUGCAAAGCUGCAGAGGUUAAUUUUGGUGCAAGAAUGAACUUUUUGGGGCUGCGGUCAAAUCAGACUGCAGCUUCUUCUGAGCAAUCUUAUGCUCAAGAAAUUCAAGGAGAUGCACAUCAGCGUGUGAAACUUGCAACAACUCUAGAGGGUCUUAUUGCUGAAGAUCCAUUUCCUGAAAAUAUGGUGGCUGAAAGUAGGAAUGGAGAUAGUGAAGUGUACGGGACUGAAAAUGGGAGUUUUGACCACACAAGUGCAAAGAGUAACUCUCAUGUAGAAGGCACACAUGUUGAUGUUUCUGAAGAUGAGGGAUGGAUAGCCAUUCCAUACAAGGAACUUCCUCGGAAUUGGAGUGAUGCACCAGAUAUGUCCUUGUUUCGUCCUCUGGACCGCUCUUUUGUAUUUCCAGGUGAGCAACUUCAUAUAUUACUCUGCUUGUCGGCAUGUAAGCAGGAUAUGGAAAUUAUUACACCCUUUAAAGUGGCUGCGGUGAUGAAUAAAAAUGGUUUUGGACAUAGUCCCGAGAAAGAGAACAGUAACGCCAGUGGUGAAAAUAAUCCUGUUCCAGAAAGAAUGAAGGAAGGGAGUUCUGAUGAUCAAGAUGUGAAUCUGCAUAGCCCGAAUAAAGGCAGAAGGGAUUCACAAAAUUAUAUUUCUGAUGGUGAAUCUCUUCUUAGAAUGGAAGAUCACAGAAGGCAGACUGAAAUGUUACUGAAAAAAUUUGAAAACUCGCAUUUUUUUGUUCGAAUUGCGGAGUCAGAUGAGCCACUUUGGUCUAAAAGAAGAGCUCCAUCAGAAUCUCUGGAUUCUUCAGAAGUGGCUGAGAAGUUUAAUAUUGAUAGUUCAAUAAGUAAGAGUGCAAGAAGAAAGGUUGCUCUAAGCGCAAUUGUCGAUAGAGGAUGCUGCGAUUCGAGCAUCACUGGGGGUUUGGCAAGAAAUGCUAUCAAGUGUCUCUCUCUUCCCAAUGGAGAUAUAGUGGUGCUUUUACAGAUAAAUGUUGGUGUAGAUUUGCUCAGAGAUCCUGUUCUGGAAGUUCUUCAAUUCGAGAGGCAUCAGGACAGAGCUUUGUCUCCUGAGAAAGGGGAGAAUCUUGUUGGCGUGGAUCAUGAUCCAUGUGGGGAAUUAUUGAGGUGGUUGCUUCCUUUGGAUAAUUCCAUACCUCCUCCAUCUCGUCCUUUAUCACCACCUCAACUAAGUAUGAGUUCAAGCAUCCGGAGCACGUCCAUAAGAGCUAGUGCAUCUGCCUCAUCUGGUUCUCAGCUUUUCUCUUUUGGCCAUUUUAGAAGUUAUUCCAUGUCAUCCCUGCCACCAAAUAGUACACCAACCCCAUCUGUUACAACCCCCAGUCCCAAACCAAACACUGACCUUGAUGACAGGGAUCAGUUCUCAUUUCAGAAGAUUGAAAUUAGUCAAAAGAACAGGAGUGAAGGGCUUUUAUCAUUCCGAGGUGUGUCAUUGGAGCCAGAGCGAUUUUCUACUCGCUGUGGUCUGGAAGGCAUUUAUACACCAGGAAGACGGUGGAGAAGGAAAAUUGAAAUAAUUCAACCUGUAGAAAUUUGUUCUACUGCUGCAGAUUGCAACUCAGAUAACCUUGUUUGUGUUCAAGUGAAGAACAUCUCUCCUGUUCAUUUGCAAGAGGUUGUGGUGUAUAUAGAUGCCAUUACAAUCGUCUAUGAAGAGGCUUCAACUGGUGGACCACCUUUGUGUUUUCCAAUUGCAUGCAUUGAAGCUGGCAAUGAGCACAGUUUGCCAAAUUUAGAACUCAGGAGAGGGGAAGAACACUCCUUUAUUCUUAAACCAGCAGCUUCAUUAUGGAAGAGCCCUAGAAGUCAUAGUGAAAAAAGUUUUGAGUCAUCAAGUUUAGCCGCUGGAAAUGCAGCAACAACUUGGCGUCAAUCCAUUUACAACGAAGGAAAACAAAGUGGCUCGUCUGCUGAUCAGUAUGCAAUUCUUGUAUCAUGUAGGAGCAACUUCACUGAAUCAAGGUUGUUCUUCAAACAAGCUACAAGCUGGAGGCCACGUAUAUCUAGGGAUAUUAUGAUAUCUGUUGCUUCUGAAAGGUCAAGACAAGCUAUUGGAUCUGAUGGAAGAGUUGCUCCGCUUCCAGUUCAGGUGUUAACACUUCAGGCUUCAAAUUUGACAUCUGAAGAUCUUACAUUGACAGUUCUUGCUCCAGCAUCAUUUACUUCACCACCAUCUGUUCUGUCAUUGAGUUCUUCACCAUCAUCACCAGCAAGCCCAUUUAUCAAUUCUUCUGAGUUGACAACAAGAGUGAGUAGUGAAAGAAGCAGCAAUGCUGGCCAUACACAAGUCUCAGUUUUCGUGGAUCAAGGUCAGGGAGGGAAAGGUGGAUAUCAGUCUAUUUCAUUGAAUGCUGAAGUUAUUCAUUUAUCUGAUGUCCUUCCGAGCAAUGAUUUAGGCUGUACACAUCUCUGGUUGCAAAGUAGAGUGCCACUUGGAUGCAUUCCUGCUCAGUGUACAUCAACUAUCAAGCUUGAGGUACUUCCUUUGAGGGAUGGAAUCAUUGCUCUUGAUUCUUUGCAGAUUGGCGUUAAGGAGAAAGGGCUUACCUAUGUGCCUGAGCAUUCACUAAAGAUUAAUGCUACGUCUAGCAUUGCCACAGGAAUGGUCUGACGGACUGUUGAGUGGUGUAGAGACCAAACAGGCAUACAUAGUCAUGUACGAUUUACAGAUUCAAGUAAAGGUUAGAAUAGGAGAUAUGCUGUUAAAGCUGUAUUUGUACAAAUUGAGUUCCGUGAAAAACAAUUCAAUUUCUCAAAUUUUCAAUUUGAGUUUUCAUUCAUUGUGAAUA